AUGGGAACAUUUGGAAAAUGUAACUCCGGCCAGUUAAAUGAGAAGAGUGAUAUUUACAGCUUUGGUGUCCUCCUGCUCGAAGCUGUCAGUGGAAGAGACCCUGUCGACUACAGCAGGCCGGCUAAUGAGGUUAACCUUGUUGAGUGGCUUAAGAUGAUGGUUGGAACAAGAAGAGCAGAGGAAGUCGUGGAUCCAAGUCUUGAAACAAAACCCGCCACACGUGCUCUUAAACGCGCCCUUUUGGUGGCACUUAGGUGUGUUGAUCCUGAUGCAAAUAAGCGACCCAAAAUGAGUCAGGUUGUGCGAAUGCUUGAAGCGGAUGAACACCCAUUUCGUGAGGACCAGAGGAACAGGAAGAGCCGAACAGCCAGCAUGGAAAUCGAAUCUUUGAAGGAACCAACCGACGUGGAGAGCAAGGCCCGGGAAUCACAUGGCAUUGUAACCAAGACGACUCAUGAGUAAUAGGGACUGACAAAAGGCAAUGACAUGGUGAAUAAUGUAGUAUUUAAAGCUUUCAGUAACUCAUCUAUACACACACAUCUAAAAGUUUGUUUUUGGGGCGUACGUCCAAAGAGAAGCGGCUUGAAGAU